AUGUCAUCGACGAUUGUGAUUCGUCUCCUGGGCGUGCGCAAAAAUAGAAAUGGCUCGCAACAGUUAAAGCAAUUAACGGCGAUGAUUGUGAAAAUUGAUAUCUUUAAUGAUUUAACACUUGAGUCAUUCAAUGGGCAAUCGGAAAUAAUGAAUUGCCUCCUAUCGCAUGGAUCAAACUUCAAUUCAUUUAACCUUAUUCAAUUUCGCAUUAAUGAUGAUGACGAUAAUGUCUCUUCUGUUAUCCAUUACUUUUGA